AUGGCACCAUUAAGAGUUCCUUCACUCUUUGGAACCGCCGCUUUAGCAUAUACCCUAGGACUUAGGCAUGCUGUAGAUGCUGAUCACUUGGCUGCAAUUGAUAAUGUAACUCGUAAACUUUUAUAUAAUGGUAAUAAAUCUGUAUCCGUCGGCCUUUUCUUUUCAUUAGGUCAUUCAACAAUCGUUAUAAUUGCUUGCCUCGCCAUCACUUUAACCGCUACUGCUGUAAAAGAAAAUUUUGGUGAUAUUCAAUUAAUAGGUGGAUUAAUAGGAACUUGUGUUUCUGCCGUUUUUCUAAUUCUUAUUGGAAUAAUUAAUAUUUUCGUAUUAAUUUCCAUUUGUCGUUCUCUUCGAAAAUUAAAAAAGACUGGUUCUUUUGAAGAUGAUAAUUUGGAUAUCAGCUCAACUGGUUGUAUGGGAAAGAUUUUCGCUCCUAUGUUUAAAUUCGUUGAUUCAAGUUGGAAAAUGUAUCCUCUCGGUGUUCUCUUCGGUUUCGGUUUUGAUACUUCUACUGAAAUAGCUCUUUUAAGUGUUACUGCUGUUCAUGCUAAUCAAGGUCUUUCAAUUUGGUUCAUCAUGAUUUUUCCCUUACUUUUUACUUCUGGGAUGGCUUUAAUUGAUACUCUUGAUGGUAUAUUAAUGUUGGAAACUUAUUCUUGGGCUCUUAUAAAUCCUAUUAGAAAACUUUAUUAUAAUUUUAUCAUUACUUUACUUUCUAUCAUAAUAGCUCUUUCCAUAGGAAUAAUAGAAAUUUUUACUAUUCUGGUUGAUAAAUUAAGUCUUGUUGGUCCUUUUUGGGAUUUUUUUUCUUAUCUUAGUGAACAUUUUUUUACUAUUGGUUGUGUAAUAAUUGCUUCAUUUCUUUUUACUUGGUUAAUAGCAAGGCUUAUUUAUAAAUUGGGUGGUUAUGAUCAAUUGGAAUUACAAUAUAUUCAACAAGUUGGUCAUAAUCAUAUUAAUGAAAAAAGCGAAACAAGUACCACUGAAAAUAUGGAAAUAAUAAUUGAACCUGAGGUAGUAAAUCAAAAUAACAGGUGA